AUGGCAUCCGCAUUGAAGAGCGCGUUGCCCGCACAUUUGAAGCCUUCGAGCCUAGGGGCUCCUGAUGCGAACGCCGAGUUCGCCAGAAAGCAUCAUGGAAAGACACAAUCGCACAUGGGCACGUUUGGCAUGUCCAACAGCUCUAUCAUAUUGGCAUUCGGGCGGCCAGUAGUGACCCGUAAUUCCUCGCAUCUCGUGGAAUGA